UACAUCCGAGCUGCCGACUCUAUCACUACCCUGCUUGGAAUCUGCCAUAAGCAAUAUGAUUCGAACAUCGUCUGAUGUUUUUUUCGGCACAUACGAUAACCGGCUCUCACGAUCAAAGCCGGAGCGGGGUAGCCGCGGCCUUGUCUCUUCCCCACCAUGUCAGAACCUCGCUAUACGUUGGCUGAAGCACCAGGAAGCCUGCUUGAAGUCGAGACACGCGUCGUCGAAGACCGUCUUCUACGCGUAUUCAAGAACCUGUGGCCGUCCGUGCGAGCAUUGUGGCUUCAUGCGACCAAAGAGCACGCGGACAAGAUCUAUGCCGUGUACGAAAAUCAGAGGUACACAUUCCGAGAGAUGUUCGAAAUGACGGUGCGUUGUGCUGCGGUCUUUAGGGAAGUUUACGGUGUCGCAAAGGGUGACCGAGUUGUCAUCUGCUCGAGAAACUUCCCUGCUUAUUAUGUCGCAUUCUGGGCCUGCCAUCUAUUGGGCGCCGUCACUGCCCUCGUAAACGCAUGGCUUCCGCUUGAACCUCUCAAACACUGCAUCGCACUGACAAACUGCAAGCUCGUGCUUCUUGACCCUGAACGAGCUAACGUCAUCGAGCCCAUCAUCGAUCACCUGAAGGAAAUCACAGGUGCGUCAGGUUGCAUCGUCAUGGAGGAACACGAAGGCAAAGGCGUCUGGACUGGCAUGGAUAAUUUCGGGACCGUCCUCUCUCGCUCGUUGGCAAACCCGGAAACCGUCCUCCUUGACGAUCCUCAGAUAAGCCCGGAGGACGAUGCCACUCUUAUUUUCACAUCUGGGACCACUGGACUUCCGAAGGGCGUACUGAGCUCCCAAAGAGCUUUCUUGACUGUUCUUUUCACUAACGCGUUCAUCUUCGGUCGAAAUGCUGUUCAGCGAGGAGAUCCCUUCCCGCCACCCCCUGAUAUGGGACCCCAGAAAGGUGCUUUACUAUCAACCCCGCUCUUCCAUGUCACGGGUACUGCCUUAACGCUAAACGCGGCAAUGCACGGUUAUAAACUCGUGGUGUUGAGAAAAUGGGAUGUACCAGAAGGCGCGUUGUGUCGGGAAGAGAAUGUCAGGGCUUUUGGCGGUAUCCCAUUCAUGAUAACCGAUUUAGAACAACAUCUGGCCGGAUUUCCUAUGGAGAGCAUCACCUUAGGCGGAGCGCCUGUAGCAGGAUCUCUCGCUAUCAGGUCGAAGGAAAGAUUUCCAUCUGCUAUCAUGUCAAAUGCUUAUGGACUUACUGAAACUAAUUCGACAGCUAUUGGUCUUGCCGGGGACGACUAUUUGGCUCGGCCGGAAAGCAGUGGAUUACCACCUCCUGUCACGGAUUUCAUAAUAAUGAAGAAAGAUGUCGAGGCUGCGCCGGGCGAAGUUGGAGAGGUAUGGAUUCGUGGUCCCUGCGUUAUGAAGAGAUAUUUUGGCGAUCGAGAGGCCACCGAUAAGGCACUGACACAAGAUGGCUGGUUCAGGACGGGCGAUUUAGGAUAUCGAGAUGCCGAGGGAUUUUUGUUUAUUAAAGGGAGAAUCAAGGACAUCAUCAUUCGCGGUGGGGAAAAUGUGGAUUGUGUCUCGGUCGAGAGCGCAUUACACACCGAACCAGGCGUCUUGGAAGCGGCCGCGGUUGGUGUACCCGAUAAGCGUCUUGGAGAACUAGUGGCCGCAGUUGUUACAGUCAAACCGUCGUGGCGCGGGAAGGUGAAGGAAGAGAAGCUUUUAUCUAUUGCGAGGAAACUGUUACCCAAAUUUGCUGUUCCCAUCAUGGUGAUGGUACAAGAUGGCGAGUUCGAGCACACGCCUUCAGGGAAAAUAAUGAAAUCCACUCUUCGAAUUGUGGCGCAGAAGGAAUGGGAGCGUCGGACGAGAAACUCUGAUACGGCCAAGCACAAGCUCUAACAAAGUACCGUUAUUGAUAUCGAAUUUUCAAAUAUAAGGCGCAGUCAAACGCUCAGGAUAUUCAUAGGGCCUUUCUCGUGAACCUGGCAUACAAACCCUCGUGGUUUACAGAAAGCCACACAAUUUCGUGAGGA